AUGUGGCUGCUGCAAUCCCUCUGGCUCUGGUUUCCGCUGUCUGUUGCUCUGAGUGGCCAGCAUGAGCCCAAGGCACCAGGUUAUCCCGGUGGACUCCGCUGUGGGCUAAGGAGCUUUCAGUUCACCAUAAACCUCAGCCAGGAGACAGCAACCCCUCCUGCACUAAUAGCUUGGGAUAAUCGCGGGCUGCCGCACAGGCUGCAGAAUGACUCUGAGUGUGGCACCCGGGUCAGCGAGGGCCCUGGCAGCUCCCUGGUGGUAGACGUGUCCUACAGUGGCUGCUAUGUCACUGAGUGGGACUCCCACUACAUCAUGCCCGUUGGAGUUGAAGGAGCAGAUGCGGGUGGACGCAGGACGGUUACAGAGACAAAGCUGUUCAGGUGUCCUGUGGAUCUCCCAGACAUCCCAAAUGCUGGCCUUUGCGACCCUGUCCCAGUGUGGGACAGACUGCCAUGUGCUCCUUCACCCAUCACUCAAGGAGACUGCAAGCAGCUAGGCUGCUGCUACGAUUCUGAAGAGGCCAAUUCCUGUUACUACGGAAAGACAGUGACCGCACGCUGUACCCAGGACGGCCACUUCUCCAUCGCUGUGUCUCGGAAUGUGACCUCACCCCCACUGCUGCUGAAUUCUGUGCACUUGGCCUUCAGGAAUGACAGUGAAUGUAAACCUGUGAUGGCAACACACACCUUUGUCCUGUUCCAGUUUCCAUUUACUGCCUGUGGUACUACAAAAUGGAUCACUGGAACCCAGGCAGUAUAUGAAAACGAGCUGGUUGCAACUCGGGAUGUGAGAACUUGGAGCCAUGGUUCUAUCACCCGAGACAGUAUCUUCAGGCUUCGAAUCAGCUGUAGCUACUCUGUAAGCAGCAAUGCUCUUCCAGUGAAUGUCCAGGUGUUUACUGUCCCGCCACCCCUUCCUGAGACCCAGCCUGGACACCUCACUCUGGAACUCCAGAUUGCCAAAGACAAACACUAUAGCUCCUACUACACUGCUAGUGACUACCCAGUGGUGAAGUUGCUUCGGGAUCCCAUCUACGUGGAAGUCUCCAUCCAACACAGAACAGACCCCAGUCUAGAGCUGCGCCUACACCAGUGUUGGGCCACACCCAGCACAAACGCCCUGCUCCAGCCCCAGUGGCCCAUGCUGGUAAAUGGAUGCCCCUACACUGGAGACAACUAUCAGACCAAACUGAUCCCUGUCCAGAGAGCCUUGGACCUGCCAUUUCCUUCUCACUACCAGCGCUUCAGCAUUUCCACCUUCAGUUUCGUGGACUCAGUGGCAAAGCAGGCACUCAAGGGACCGGUGUAUCUGCACUGCAGUGCAUCGGUCUGCCAGCCUGCUGGGACACCAUCCUGUGUGACAACCUGUCCUGCCAGACGAAGAAGAAGCUCUGACAUGCAUUUUCAGAACAGCACUGCUAGCAUUUCUAGCCAGGGUCCCAUGAUUUUACUCCAAGCCACUCAGGACUCUUCAGAAAAGCUCCGUAAAUACUCAAGGUCUCCUGUAGACUCCCAAGCUCUGUGGGUGGCUGGCCUUUCUGGAACCUUAAUCAUUGGAGCCUUGUUAGUGUCCUACCUGGCCAUCAGGAAACGGAGAUGAGCUACUCAGACCAAAUGUGUUAAUAAAACCAGAUUGCACUGCUAG